UGAUCGCGCGGGCUACUUCUACAGCGCGGCAAUAUACGUUUGUAGACCAUUAUUCCCCUGAAACCCUAAUUUAAAAAUAAUAGUAAUAAUCAGCUAGCACUCGAAAGUCCAAACAGAUUGAAAUUUGCUUUCUGCUUCUUGAUUUCAGAAGCAAUCUUUCUAGUGCCUCUUGUCCAAGAAUCUUAUCUGUGUCACUUGAAGUGAUGGCUGCUAAGCUUCUUGCAAACUUGAUUGUGAUGGGCUCUGGAAUCUUGGCUAGGGCAUUUGUCCAAGGAUACCGUCAGGCACUUGCAAAUGCUUCCAAAUCUGGUGUUGCCCAAGAAACAGUGCAGAAUAUUAGGAGAGCAAGCAAAAUCAUGGCUGAACCAGAAGCAAGGCAGAUUCUAGGCGUCAGUGAGCAUUCAACAUGGGAGGAAAUCUUACAGAAGUAUGAUAACUUAUUUGAGAGGAAUGCCAAGAAUGGGAGCUUUUACCUGCAAUCAAAAGUUCAUAGAGCUAAGGAAUGCUUAGAAGCAGCAUACCAGAAGAAAGGUCAGGAGGCUAAUAAUGCAUGAGUUCAUCAAGUUUUUCUGCACUUCAAAAAAUUUUCAUUGAUUUGCUGUGGCAUCUACACAACCUUUUUUGAUCUCCUAGAAUUAUCAUAGAUAUCAAAUUUCUUUUUAACCUCCAGGGAUUGAAUGUAAAUUUAGUAGGUACUAGUUGAAUAUUUUAUUUUACUUUAACAUGAAUCCUGAAUGAUAUGUAUGCCAAAUUCUAAAUCUUUAUUGAUUUGGUUGUAAUCCCAUUGAUGGAAUAAAAAUUUGAACACUGGAAUGUUUCUGAGA